AUGAAGUUUGAAGAGAUCAAGAGCCAGGCCGAAGAGUUUUUGCGAAUUCAUGGGCCAACUUUGCAAAACUAUGCUCAUCUCGUCAGCUGGACCAGCAAUAAUUAUGUGACAGAUCUGUGGGAGAAAUACGUUUAUUUGUCCAGCAGAGAGCCUCUUCUGAUCAACUUUAGCGUGGGAUUCGCGGAUGGGUGGAAGGUGAAGAAGAGAUCAUUGGCGAGAAGAGCCGCCAAUCAUGUAAGUUUUAAAACGCAAUAUGUUAGGCUUGAAUGCAAAAGAUGUUUGGCUUUAUUUAUGCUUUUAUAAAACCACCAUUUGAGGCUUGAUUGAACCCGAUAUCCUUUUUAUUUUCCAGGUGAAUCUUCUCACCGCUGCAGCCAUUGCUUUCUACAAAGAAGACGUUGAUCCACCAGGUGAAGGUUUCUGCUUUACAGACCGACAUAAUAAAGUCUUCACCCACUCUCGCAUCCCACAAAAGGAUAUUGAUUCCUACAUUGAUCAUGGCCUAACAAGUCAUAUUGUUGUCCAAUUCAACGGAUGUUUCUAUCGAGUUGAAGUCUUCGACCCACAAACCAGAAAGCUUUAUCAACCAGCACAACUACAGGCGUAAGUUAAGACCAGCUGUGAAGCAUAAUUUUUCAGGAUCCUUGACGAGAUUAUGAACCGUGAUGACGUUCCGUCUGAUGUUGAGAAAAAUUUGGCUGCUCUAACAGCUGAUCGACGAGAUAAAUGGGCUGAAAAUCGAGAGGUAUUCUUCUUGAAAAAUAAAGUCAAUCUGAAGUUUUUGAAUGACAUUGAGACUGCACUAUUCUUUUUAAUAUUAGACCCUGAAGACUUUGGAGAUGUGGCUAAUGAUAAAGAUGUUACCAGCCAUUAUAUCAAGGUGAGUUUUAUUAUGCAUUUUUCUUACGAGUAUGGUAUAUAGCUUUCCAUACUUGUAAAUUCAAAAAAACAUUAAGCUCUCCGCCGAUAAAUUUCUCACAUUUUCAGGUGAUGACGCAUGGCAAAGGCAAUGACCGUUGGACCGACAAGCCUCUGAAUUACCACGUUACUGGCUGUGGCCGGAUUGGCGGCACAUUUGAACAUGGCGUUUGCGAUGGCGUGGAAUAUCGGACGUUUUGCGAGUAUGUGCUCUAUCACGAAAGCAAAUACGUGAUUGACAACACUGACCAGUUAUCUGAAAGUCAACGAAAAACGCUGAAAUAUGCCGAGAAAAUGGAAAUCGAAGAAAUUCCAGGGAUGAAAAAGGAGACUCUGAGAUGCUAUGAGGAGCAAGUCAAAAGGAAUGCUGAUUUUGAUUUGGCCUCGAUUAUGUUCCAGGAGUUUGGGAAAGGGGAGAUCAAGAAGUGCGAAUGCAGUCCAGAUGCCUUUCUUCAGAUGGCUUAUCAGGUAAUGGAGCGUAGUAAAUAUUAGAUUGGCAACUAAGUCAUCCAAAUUUUUUUUAUUGUUUCUCAGACGUUCUUAAAUGAAUAUGGCUAGUAGCACGUCCAUAUAGGGGUGCGUUUAAGUACCAUAAUUUGGAUUUAAAUCUUACUACCGUGACGGACCCUAUCCAGUCGCAAAAAACGUUCCAUUUUGCGUCCGGGAAACAUCAAAAAUGCGGCAAAAUGCUUCCCUCUCCAAGUGAAAAAACUUGGGUUUGAAGGGCGCGCCCUUUCCGUCACAAAAAAGCAAGCGCUCUUUUGAAAUCGGAGUUUUUUUAAUUGGAGAAGGAAGCAUUUUGCCACAUUUUUGACACUUCCCGUAUGCAAAAUGAUACGUUUUUUGCCACUGGAUGGGGUCCCCCACUGUAUUCCACAUUUUUUAAACGUUCAAAAAUACCAAUCCUUAGGAAUUUCGACAAUUUCCAGGGGAAAAUUUUACUCAUCCCUUUUCAGCUCGCUUAUUACCGGCUCCACUCGCAUUUCCCCCUAACUUACGAAGCCAGCGGCUCUCUUUUUUACAACAACGGACGAACCGAGACGAUUAGGACAGUCUCCGAAGAGUCCUGCGAAUUUAUAAACGACGUCAUCAACGGAUCUCCAAUUCAUUUGAGGAGAAAAAGCUUGUUGAAGGCUUGCCGAGAACAUGUCUUGAGAAGCAAGAAUGCGCUGGUUGGAAAAGGGAUUGAUCGGCAUUUGUUUGUGCUCUAUGCUAUGAGCAAGUAUAAGAAUGUGAAAUCCGAGUUCUUGGAUACAUACAUUGGCCAGAAAUGGACACUGAGCACAUCACAGGUGAGUGGGGGAAUAAGAAAAGUGGUCAAGGAUAUUUUCAGAAGUUUUUAUCACACUCUAGGCUGUACAUACUGCCUUAGAUUUAGACUUAUCUUCGGUUUUAAAAUCACUGUAGCUGUAACCGAUUUCUGAACUUUCAACUGAGCUUUUUGAGAAAAUUACAGACUCUAUAUUAUAAUAUAUUCAUUGUCUUGGAUGUUCUCAUCGUUUGAUGACCUCCCAGUUCAUAAACCGCCAAAAACUUGAACUUUUCCAGGUCCCAAAUCUCGCUCAAAUCUGUGACGAAGACGCUCAUCAUGACAUGUGUUUUAUGGCCGGGUCCUUCGGAGCCGUGGACAAGGAUGGCUACGGAAUCACGUAUCGGUUCAUGGGCAACCAUUCAAUCGCUCUUCAUGUCUCUUCAUAUCAUUCAAGUCCACAAACUGACUCAAAAAAGAUGCGUGAAGCAAUCUUAGAUGCCCUGCGGGAAAUGGCGUCGUAUUUCUCAAUGGAGCAAAGACAUCAGGAAGAAGUCAAAAGCAAAUGA